GUGCGGGCGGGGCGGGGGCGGCGCUGCCGGCCCGGCCCGGGGCGGGGGGGCCGGACGGGACGGUGACGGUCCCCGGCGCGGCGGGCCCGGCGCGGCCGCCGGCGGAGCAUGAGGGAGCCAUGAGCCCGCUGCGGGGGUGGCUGCUGGCCGCGCUGCUCUCGCUCGCCCCGCGGGCAGGUGCUGCCUCGCAGGCCGGAGCGCUGCCGCGGCGGCUCCCGCGGGCCGCAUGGCAGGAGGGGCGGGUGCUCUCCCAAAUCACCCACCCCAGCAGGCUGGUGGGGCAGAGCUCGGGAGGAGAGGUCCCAAAGCAUCAGUUGGACACCAGGGUCAGGCAUGAGCCCGGAGGAGGAGGAGGAGGACCCGGGCUGCACCUGGCACAGGUGAGCUUCAUGGUGCGUGCCUUCGGCUCAGCCUUCACCCUGGAUCUCCGGCUGAACCACCACCUCCUCGCCUCCCACUACGUGGAGCGGCACGUCGGCGCGGGCAGCAACAGCAGCCACAGCACGGGCGCAGGGGAGCACUGCUACUACCAGGGCCGGAUCCGGGGGCAGCCGCGCUCCUUCGCCGCCCUCUCCAGCUGCCAGGGCCUGCGCGGGGUCUUCUCGGACGGCCGAGCCACGUACCUGAUCGAGCCCCAGGCGGGCGCCGAGCACGGGCAGGGUCUUCGCCCGCACAUCGUGCAGCGCAUCCCCAGCUGUCCCCGACUGGGCUGCCUCUUCCCUACGCUGAGCCAGCGUGUUCCCGGUGGGAUCCCAAAGCUGCGGCGGCGGCGGCAGGUCCGCCGAGCCCAGCACACGGUGCACAGCGAGACCAAGUACAUCGAGCUGGCCGUGGUGAACGACCACCAGCUGUUCCUGCAGCUCCGCAAGUCCGUAGUUCUCACCAGCAACUUCGCCAAGUCCGUGGUCAACCUGGCUGACAUGAUCUACAAGGAGCAGCUCAACACUCGCAUCGUGCUGGUGGCCAUGGAGACGUGGGCGGCCGAGGACCGCAUCCGAGUGGGACAGGACCCCCUGGAGACCCUGAACGAGUUUGUCAAGUACCGGCGGGAGGGGCUGGCAGAGCACAGCGACACCGUGCACCUCUUCUCGGGUUACACGUUCCAGAGCAGCCGCAGCGGCACCGCCUUUGUCGGGGGCAUCUGCUCCGCUGCCCGCGCCGGCGGCGUCAACGAGUACGGCAACGUGGCGGCCAUGGCGGUGACACUGGCACAGACCCUGGGGCAGAACGUGGGCAUGAUGUGGAACAAGCACCGCACGGCCGCAGGGGACUGUCGCUGUCCGGACUCGUGGCUGGGCUGUAUCAUGGAGGACACAGGGUAUUACCUCCCUCGGAAGUUCUCCCGCUGCAGCAUCGAUGAGUACAACCAGUUCCUGCAGGACGGCGGCGGCAGCUGCCUCUUCAACAAACCCCUGAAGCUCCUGGAUCCCCCGGAGUGCGGCAAUGGCUUCGUGGAGGCGGGCGAGGAGUGCGACUGCGGCUCGCUGGCGGAAUGCGCGAGGAGCGGCGGAAACUGCUGCAAGAAAUGCACCCUGACCCACGACGCCAUGUGCAGCGACGGGCUCUGCUGCAAGGGCUGCAAGUACGAGCCACGUGGAGUGUCCUGCCGGGAGGCUGUGAACGAGUGUGACAUCCCUGAGACCUGCACCGGGGACUCCAGCCAGUGUCCCCCCAACCUGCACAAGCUGGAUGGAUACUUCUGUGAGAAUGAGCAGGGCCGAUGCUACGGCGGGCGCUGCAAGACCCGGGACCGUCAGUGCAACGCGCUCUGGGGCCGCAGCUCGGCCGAGCGCUUCUGCUACGAGAAGCUGAACGUGGAGGGGACAGAGCGGGGGAACUGCGGCCGCGAGGGGCUGGGCUGGCUGCAGUGCAACAAGCAGGACGUCCUCUGCGGUUUCCUCCUGUGCGCCAACAUCUCGGGCUCGCCGCGGCUGGGGGAGCUCAGCGGGGAGAUCGCCACCACCACCUUCUACCACCAGAACCGCUACGUGGACUGCAGGGGCGGCCACGUGCAGCUGGUGGACGGCUCGGACCUGAGCUACGUGGAGGACGGGACGCCCUGCGGGCCCGGAAUGCUCUGUCUCGACCGCAAAUGCCUUCCAGCCACCGCCUUUAACUUCAGCUCCUGCCCCGGCAGCUGGGACGGGAAGAUCUGCUUCGAUCACGGGGUUUGCAGCAACGAGGGGAAGUGCAUCUGCCGGGCCGAGUGGACGGGCAAGGACUGCAGCGUCUACGACCCCAUCCCGGAGCCGAAGCCCACGGGGGAGACGGAGCGAUACAAGGGUCCCAGUGGCACCAAUAUCAUUAUCGGCUCCAUCGCGGGGGCCGUGCUGGUGGCUGCCAUCGUCCUAGGGGGGACAGGCUGGGGAUUUAAGAACAUCCGCCGAGGAAGGUACGACCCGGCGCAGCAGGGAGUGUAACCGUGUCCCCCCCAUCGUCCCGUCACCGUCCCUGUCACCGUCACCGUCACCGUGCGGCAGCCCGACGGCGUGGGAGCCUGUCUGUCCGUGUGCUGUGUGUCCGGCCGUGCUGUCUCCAUCUCUGUGCCCCCCCGGCUGAAGGGGAGCCGCGCUGGGGGGGGGUCUGACAGCAUCCCCCCCUUGGUGCUGGCUCAUUUCAGCUCAGUGUCCCCCCGUGUGUCCCCCCCGUGUCACAGCCCCCCACUAAACGCUCCCCACUUUGUGUUGCAGGUCCGGGGGGGCCUGAGCGGGGCCGCUCCGCCCCACCCCCCCAGCGCCUCAUUAACACCAAUUAACGGGGGCGGCGCUGCCGAGGCUCCGGCCCACGAGGAGAGCGGGGAGGGGGGGACACCCGGGAGCGCCCCCCGGCCCCCCCAGCACGGCCACGAAUGUCCGGGGACCCCCCGGCCCCCCCGGCAGGCACGGGAGCCAUGAAUGUACCCGCGGGGCCAGGGGACCCCCGCCCACACCCCCACACCCCCACAGCCCCACAUCCCUCCAGCAGCAUCUUCCAGCCAGGUCCUGGCACCCCAAAAGGCAGGGCAGUGUCACCAGGACGAGGGCAGUGUCACCACGAUGGGGUCAGUGUCCCCAGGAUGAGGCCAUUGUCACCAGAACAAUGCCAGUGUCCCCAGGAAAAUGCCAAUGUCCCCAGGAUGGGGCCAGUGUCCCCAGGAUGAGGCCAUUGUCACCAGGACAAGGUUAGUGUCCCCAGGAUGUGGCAAUUGUCACCAGGCCAAUGCCAGUGUCCCCAGUACCAGGCCACUGUCCCCAGGAAAAUGCCAGUGUCCCCAGGAUGAGGCCAUUGUCACCAGGACCAGGCCAGUGUCCCCAGGACAAUGCCAGUCUCCCCAGGACGAGGGCAGUGUCCCCAGGAUGGGGCCAGUGUCCCCAGUACCAGCCCAGUGCCCAUCCCCAGUUCAGGGCCUGGAGUUGUGCCCCCCCUGCCCAGUGGCCAGACGGGGUCCCUUGGGGUCCUGCACCCCAAAUGUGCCUCCCCGCCCCCCAGAGCAGCUCAGCACCCCCAUGUUGGGUUUGUCCCCUUAAAUUGUCCCCCCAUCCCCAAGCCAUGGGACCCCGAAGUCCCCAAUGGUGGGACAGGGGUGUCCCCAAGGCUUCCCCCCUUCACCAGCUCAGGCAGGUGACCCCCAAACUGGUGGCACUGGGGCUGGGGGGGACAGAAGGGUACAGGGGACACAGGGCAGCUUGCUGGGUGGCACUUGUCAUCCCAGCCCCAAGGCAGGCUGGUGGCACCCCAGGCUGGCUGUCCCCCACAUCACCCUGUGGCACGUGGCACUUGUCACCUGCACGGGUGGCUCUGCAGGGCCACCCAAAGCACAGCACACAGAGCACUGGGGGCCACACGGGUCCCUGUAACCACUGGUGACACUCAGCAUGGAGGGGACAUCACCUCUGGUGACACUUGGUGACACAACCCAGUGUGUGUGGGGACACUCCUGGGGACACCCAGCACGGGACAAUGGGGGAUGGCACCCACUGUCCACAGCAGUGUGGGGUGUCCCCUCUGUGUCCCCUCCUCGCCCACCACCAGGUCCCUUUGCCAUGGAGACAGAGAGUGACCAAACGUGUCCCCAAGCCCAGCCAUGGCCAUGGGGUGGCACCCAGCCUGGUGUGACACCCACGGGUGCUGUGGCUGUGGUGGCACCCCAGGGGACAGCGUGGGAGGUGACAGCAGGACGGGGGUGGUUGGGAUCCAGUGGUGGCUUCUGGUGUGACAUAUCAGCUCUUGGACACCUGGGGACCUGGGAUCGCCGUGGGCAUCAGGGCUCUGGGAUCAGCCCCAUCUGUCACUGUCACCAGAGUGUCCCCACAGCUGCCACAGCCACAGUGCCGGGCUGCUCCCCACAGCGAGGGGACACCCCCGGUUCAGAGCAAGAAGCCACCGCUGUCACUGGGUUUGGGGACAUCCAUAUAUAUAUAUUUAUAUAUAUAUAUAUAAAAAUAUAAAUACCGGGAUUUUUCUUAAUGAUUUUAACGCUGUCAGGGCGGCGGGGGGAGGGCAGGGGGGGGCACCCGGUGCUUCCAGAGCCAAGAGAGCAAAACCCCCCCGGCCCCCGCUGCUGCCUCGGGCCCGGCCCCCCCAGCCCCGCCCCGAGCCCCGCUCCGUCCCCGGCCCCGAGCCCCGCUUUGCACGCGCUGGGAGCCGCCACCGGAGCCCCGGAGCCGCCCGGCCCUGGCUCCGGCCUCGGCCGACUCCUGCCAUGUCGCAGAAUUUAUUUACAAUAAAGAUUUGGAAAAGGA